AUGACCGGUGGACGCCGGGCUCCGGGAGCGGUGUUUGAGAAUCAAAGGCAGCCCCCCGUGGGCGAGUCAUUGUCAUCACUCCCGACCUUUAUCGACUCCCCCAGCGACCAGGAAAAGAGUAGAUCGUUCGUUUCAAAGCGCGAAGACCUCUCGGAUGGACGAGACUCGGGACCGGAAUCCGACACCAUCCAAGACCUCAGCGACAACCCCGAGGAUGAGGGCGCCAAGUGCGAGAACGGCCUUGCCCGGCAGCCGUCUGCGGCGACCACCGUAAUCGACUUUCCCGAAGGUGGCCUGCAGGGCUGGCUGGUAGUGUUGGGGUCCUUUUGCGCCAUGAUAUCCGUGUUUGGACUCAUCAACUCUGCCGCCGUUUUCGAAUCAUAUUUCUCGACACAUCAGCUUGUCAACCACAGCGCAUCCGAGAUCGGAUGGAUCUUUUCCCUUUACCUCUUUAUCGUCUUCUUUGUGGGCAUCCAAGUCGGCCCCAUUUUCGAUCGGUAUGGAUCGCGCCUCUUGGUCGCCGUGGGUAGUAUCCUGGUCGUCCUCAGCUUGAUGUUGUUGAGCCUCAGCAAGACUUAUUAUCAGAUCAUGCUGACAUACUCCGUGCUCGGUGGCUUGGGCGGUGCCCUUCUUAACUGCCCUGCGUACGGAUCCAUCACGCACUUUUUCAAUGUGCGCCGCGGACUGGCAACAGGUGUUGCCACUAUUUCCGGUGGCAUCGGUGGUAUCGUGUUUCCCAUCAUGUUGCGGUAUACUCUCCCCUCGAUUGGGUUCCCCUGGAGUUGCCGCAUCCUCGGCUUCAUUAUGCUCGGCCUCGCCGUGCCAGCCAACCUUUUUAUCAAGACCCGUCUGAAGCCCAAGGUCACCCACGAGAAACCCAAGAUUUCGUCGCUUCUGCCCGACUUUUCUGGGUUCCGGGACCUUCGCUAUGCCUUCUCGGCGAUCGGUAUCUUCUUCAUGGAGUGGGGUCUGUUCAUGCCCCUGACGUACAUCGUCUCGUACGCGGCGGGGCAUGGACAGGAUGCGACUGAGAGCUAUCUGCUCCUGUCGUACCUCAACGCCGGGUCUGUCUUGGGCCGUGUGCUCCCCGGUCUCUUUGCCGAUCGCAUCGGGCGGUUCAACGUGGUGAUCAUCACCAUCUCGCUGUGCGUGAUUCUCGUGCUGGCCAUGUGGCUUCCGGCCGCCAUGUCCAAGUCGGUGCUGAUCGGAUAUGCCGUGCUCUUUGGAUUUGCCAGCGGAAGCAACCUCGGUCUGGUGCCCGUGUGCCUCGGACAAUUGUGUGACGCUCGGCAGUUUGGUCGGUACUACUCUACGGCCAUGAUGGUGGCCAGUUUCGGUACACUCAGCAGCGUGCCCAUCGGCGGUGCCCUGUUGGAGAUGGGCUCUGCCGAGACGGGCUGGCGAGCCGUCAUCAUCUUCUCGGGCCUAUCAUACGCCAUCGCCCUGGCGUGUUAUACCACCGCUCGUGUUCUCGCUGUCGGCUUCAACCCGCGGGUCAAGUUCUAG